AUGCUCCAGACGGUUUGGGUGUCCUCACCAAGGAGCUGGGCUUUGCAGGAGUCCAGGAGCCACCGCCGGGGCAAGAAAAGGUGCUGGAAAUGUAGACUUGUCAGGACUAUAAUCCGGCAUCCAUGUCGGAGGCACACCCCCAAACGCUCCAGGAGAGAAAGAAUGUUGAGGAAAAUCCAGAUAUGCCUCUGUUUCUGCUUUGUCUCGGGCAUUUUGUACGAGAUCUCCCUCUUGUCCAGCUGUGUCUUCUCCUACUUGCCCAUGGCCCAGCACUACCUGACACCUGAGCAGGUGCUGAACCUUGGCAAGAGCAUCAUUUUCCUGGAGACGACGGAGCGCCUGGAGCCGCCCCCGCUGGUGUCGUGCUCCGUGGAAUCCGCUGCCCGCAUUUACCAGGACAGACCCAUCAUCCUCUUCCUGAGGGGACUCACCAACGAGACAGCCUUGGACAUGAACACCAGCUAUGCAGCCUUCUCCCUCCUGUCUUCCAUGAAGAAUGUCUUCAUUUUCCCUCUCCAGAUGGAAACAGUCUUCCAGGAGACCCCUCUGCUCCAGUGGUACAACCAGGUGGUCCCGGAGCAGGAGAAGAACUGGGUGCACGUCAGCUCGGACGCCAGCAGACUGGCGCUCAUCUGGAAGUACGGGGGCAUCUACAUGGACACGGAUGUCAUCUCCAUCCGGCCCAUCCCCCAGGAGAGCUUCCUGGCGGCGCAGAAGUCGCGCUUCUCCAGCAACGGCAUCUUCGGCUUCCCUGCCCGCCACAAGUUCAUCUGGGACUGCAUGGAGAACUUCGUUCUCAAGUACAACGGCAACAUCUGGGGCAACCAGGGCCCCUUCCUGAUGACGAGGAUGCUCAAAACGCUCUGCAACCUCACGGAUUUCCAAGGCACUGAGGACCACAGCUGCCAGAACAUCUCCUUCCUCAACCCUCAGCGUUUCUACCCCAUCCCAUACCCAGCCUGGAGCCGGUACUACCAGGUGUGGGAUAAAAGCCCCAGUUUCAACCAUUCCUACGCUCUGCACCUGUGGAACUUCAUGAACCGCAACCGCAAGGUCGUGGUGGCCGGCAGCAACACCCUGGCUGAGAAACUCUACAAAACCUACUGCCCCAGCACCUACGAGGACCUGAUCCAGAAUGCCAAGCACAGGGAUCUCCCAGGCCCUGAGGAUGUUGAGUGACGUGGAGC